GUAUUAAAAAUGGCCGGUGAUGGAGGCGCCCUAAAGGAUAUCAAUGAGAUUAAAUCCCAGUUCCGGACAAGAGAGGGUUUUUACAAACUGCUUACCCUCUCGGAUUCACAACAACGGGGUGGGAUAACCCGGGGGCCCUCCACGAGUGCAGCGGUGGGUCCCGGAGCUGGAACGGGAUCGAUACCCGGUGGUGGCGGUGGAGGUUCUGUUCAGGGGCCCGGGUCUGCUUCCUCUGCCACCGCCGCAACCAACUCUUCUCCGGCCGGUUUCCUGCCCCCGGUUAGGGUCUCCAUGGUAAAGCUUCAGCCGGAAGACCCUAGUGAAGAAUCAGAGCGAGUAUGCUUCAACAUUGGAAGAGAACUUUACUUCUACACGUACACAAACAUAAAGAAGGCUGUGGACCUCAGCAAGCCCAUCGAUAAGCGCAUAUACAAGGGCACCCAGCCUACCUGCCAUGACUUCAACCAGUACUCCGCCACGGCCGACAGCGUGUCACUCAUCGUGGGCUUCUCCGCCGGCCAGGUGCAGUACCUGGACCCCAUCAAGAAGGAGACCAGCAAGCUCUUCAAUGAGGAGAGGUUGAUAGACAAGUCCAAGGUGACGUGCCUGAAGUGGCUGCCCAAGUCUGAGAGCCUGUUCCUGGCGUCCCACGCCAGCGGGCACCUGUACCUGUACAACGUGGAGCACCCGUGUGGCACGGCCACUCCCCAGUACUCCCUCCUGCGGCAGGGCGAGGGCUUCGCCGUCUACGCCUGCAAGACCAAGACUCCCCGCAACCCGCUCCUGCGCUGGGCGGUGGGUGAGGGCGGCCUGAACGAGUUCGCCUUCUCGCCCGACGGCGUGCACGUGGCCUGCGUGGGCCAGGACGGCUGCCUGCGCGUCUUCCACUUCGACUCCAUGGAGCUCCAGGGCGUGAUGAAGAGCUACUUCGGAGGCCUGCUGUGCGUGUCCUGGAGCCCCGACGGGAAGUACCUGGCCACGGGCGGGGAGGACGACCUGGUCACCGUCUGGUCCUUCUCCGAGAGCCGCGUGGUGGCCCGCGGGCACGGGCACAAGUCCUGGGUGAACGUGGUGGCCUUCGACCCCUUCACCACCAGCCUGGAGGACGAGGAGCCCAUGGAGCUGAGCGGCAGCGAGGAGGACCUGCAGGGGGCGCUGCACUUUGGGCGGGUGCGCACCAGCAGCACCCUGUCCCGCCUCUCCCGCCACAGCUCCAAGGGAGGGGCCACGUCCGUCACCUACCGGUUCGGCUCAGUGGGGCAGGACACGCAGUUCUGCCUGUGGGACCUGACGGACGACGUGCUGUACCCGCGCCUGCCCCUGUCCCGCGCCCUCACCAACACCUUCGGCUCCACCAUCCCGCCGUCCGUCAGCGGGGGCAGCAACAACCUGAGCGGGGGCGGCGGCACCGCGGCUGUGGAGGGCCAUCACCACCCCUCCAACCCCCACCCGCACCCGCCCCUGCCCCUGCCCCGCUCCCUGUCGCGCUCCAACUCCCUGCCCCACCCCGCCGUGGCCAACACCUCCAAGACCCAGGGGGGCCCGGACGGGGGCGGGGGCGGGGCCGGCGGGGCCGUGCCCUUCAGCAUCGGCCGCUUCGCCACGCUCUCGCUGCAGGAGCGCAAGUCGGACAAGUCCGGGGCGGGCGGGGGGACGGGCGGCGACAAGGAGCACAAGCACUACCACAGCCUGGGCAACAUCAGCAAGAGCAACGACAAGAUCAACCUGGUGCCGCGGAACAGCCGGCUGGACGCCGCCAAGGUGCUGGGCACCACGCUGUGCCCGCGCAUGCACGAGGUGCCCCUGCUCGAGCCCCUCGUCUGCAAGAAGAUCGCCCACGAGCGGCUGACCGUGCUGGUCUUCAUGGACGACUGCAUCAUCACCGCCUGCCAGGAGGGCCUCAUCUGCACCUGGGCGCGGCCGGGGAAAGCGAACCUGACGGCGGCUCAGAACGGAAACUCUCCCAGCGGCACGGUGGUAUAGCCGGGGGCGGAGCUCUGGCCCCCCCCUCCCCCUGGGCGGGGCCAGACGUGUGAAUAAUACGCUAACGAAUCCUCCGAGGCGGAGCCCACAAGGCACUGCGGCGUGUCCCUGUCGUCCCUCUCCCUUCUUUCAUCGCUUCUUCCACUCCUGGGAAAGAUGACGGAUGGAGGAGCGCUGCCCCCUCCCCGGAGCGCCGGGGAGCUCCCGCCUCCAUCUCUGCUAACGCUACGAAAGCCACGGCCGCUGUAUCUUAUUUAUUUUAACACGACAGACUGUAGUAAUUUAUAUUGUACAUAUUCAGAAAACUAUAAAUCCAGAAGUCUAGAUGUAUGGAACUUAUGAGUCAGAGGAAGAAGAAAAAAAUAUUUAAUAUAUAAAAAAUAAAAAAAACCUGUAUUGUACAUAGAGAUGCAGUUAAGCUGAAUGUCUGAGAUUAGGGAAACCGAGUAAGUUGUGUCCUUUUGUGCUAGAAUUCCUCAAACUGUCAUGUCCAUUAAAGCAAACAUGUAUGGCACGUCUGCUAAGAAGUGUGUGUUCUAACGUACCGACAACACACGCAGUGUACGGUGUCAUCUUUCCACGUUUUCCGGGCCCUUUGGCGAUGGGUCCCUUGCCCGUGGCAGCCCUCUUCCAGCCGUGACACACAGGUGUCCGCUCAGCGCACGCUCCAUGGUCAGGCUGACAUCACGCAGCCUGCUAAUGCCUACAUUGCCUCUCCAAAGACUUUGCACAUUAGCGGCUGACUUUGAAUUCCUAAAGAAAAGGGGCGUAUGUGGUCCUGUGCUCUUUCGGCAAAGCGCACUUGAAGAAAUGAUGCAUUUAAGCUGGUCUGACCGGCGAUAUGAGAUGUGUGCAGCAACGCACAUGCACUCGGUGAGCACUUUAUUAGGUAUUUGCUGCUGUAGCAUAUCCACUUAGAGUGUUCAGAGAUGCUCUUCUGCAUACCACUGUUGUAGUGUGUGGCUAUUUGCGUUACUGUCACCUUCCUGUCAGCUUUGACCAGUCUGGCCCUCCUCUUCUGACCUCUCUCAUUAACAAGGUGUUUUUGCCCACAGAACUGCAGCUCACUGGACGUUUUUGCACCAAUCUCUGCAAACUCUAGAGACUUGUGUGUGAAAAUCCCAGGAAUUCAGCAGUUUCUGAGAUACUCAAACCACCCUGUCUAGCACCAACAAUCAGUCCACGGUCAAAGUCAGUUCGAUCAAAUUUCUUCCUCAGUCUGACAUUUGCUCUGAAAAACAGCUGAACCUCUUGACCAUGUCUACAUACUUUUAUGCCUUUAGUUGCCGCCAUGUGAUUGCCUGAUUACAUAUUUGCAUUAACACACUGGUGUACAGGUCUACAUAAUAAAGUGCUCACUGUGUGUAUAUCCCAGAUGUGUUGGCUUGUGUGUGGUUUUAGAUGAUGCUGGUGUGCAGAGAGGCAGGAAUAGUCUGAAAUGCGGUGUGGAAUGAUAGCUCUAUGUGAGGAGGAUGUGUGUGCUUUCACCUGAAAGCACGGGGAUGCUGUCAUUGUGGCUCAUUCUGGUCCCGUGUCCAUUUUGUAUUGUGUUUUUCAUGACGUUUGGGUGCCAUUCAAGUGGGAACACUAAAAUACUCGUAAAAUUCCUUGUUGUGCAUCGAUGGCUACACUUGCAAAAAAUAUCAAUCUAUUGCCUUGCUAAUCACUGCAGGAAUGACAACUCACCGUUUCACGUGAUGGAGGAGAAAACAUUCCCAAUCGCUGUUUUACUUUGAACAGUUACAAAAAUCCAUAGCAUGUAAUCCUGUUUUUUUUGUUAUUGUUGGUUUUUACAGCGUGCAUUAAACACUAAAUAACACUUAUGCCUGAAGUGAUGAAUUAAGUGACAAAGGAUAUGACUAGUUUGUAUAUGUAAAGUCUGUUAUUAAAAUGCUAAACUCUAA